AUGCAGAACACCUUGGCCAGCAUCCCUCUAAAUCCAGGGGUGAGGAACCUUUUUGACUCCAGGGCCCAAAUCCUCAUUAGGAUCAGCCUCGUGGGCCAAAUUCUGCAGCUGGAAGACAUUGAGGUGACCAUAGCAGAUCACAUCCAAAGGGUUCUGAAGCCAAAUUUUGGAGCAGCCUGGGAAGAAGUUGGCGAUGAGUUUGAAAAAGAGGAGACUUUCACGUUAUCCACAGUGAAAACACUGGAAGAGGCAGUAGGCAAUAUUGUCAAAUUUCUAGGGAUGCAGCCCUGCGAGCGGUCAGAUAAAGUGCCUGAAAACAAGAACUCUCAUGCCUUGUACCUGGCAGGUGUAUUUCGGGGUGGCCAUGAUCUCUUGGUCCGUUCUCGUCUUGUCCUGACAGACACUGUGACAAUGCAAGUCACAGCACGGAGUGGAGAAGAACUUCCUGUGGAUGUUGUCAUGGCCUCUGUUGGUUAAACACAAUAUAGGACUUGAUAUUUCAAACUCUGAAGCCAAAGGGGUUGUUGGAAAUGUAUCCCCACUACUCUGGACGCUGAGAGAAUCAUUAGAACAUUAGCUCUUUUUCUAAUUAGGUGGGGGGGAAACAUUGUGUGAGUUUAAAGCUCGUCUUCAAAGUAUGAUCAGAGGUUUUCUGAGAUACCGAACCAGUAAUUUUUUUCAGGAUCUCUAAACCAUUUCAAAAGAGCAUCCUUUUCAUAUCAAACUCUGCAGGAUCCCAGUGCCUAAAGAUGCUCACACCACCUCCUGUUGUAGUAACAGUGUGUCAGAUCCUUUCUGUGAUCAGUGAGAGCCCCUCCCAUUAUAGCAAUUUCUAUUAGUGUUUGACAUGUUUUAAGCCCUUCAAAACAGAUCAUAAAGCUAAAAGCAUGAAUUUACUCUCAUUGCUGCUACCAGUUUAGUUUCUUUAUGGUGGCAUUAAAACAGACCUUACCUGUAUCCAAUAAAAUACAGUAACGCAAAAA